CGCGCCCGGGGGAUGCCGCGGCCCCAGCCCUAGGGAAGCCCCGGCCGCCCUGCUGGAAGCUCGGGGCGCGGGCGCGGGGAGAACGCGGAGGAGGAGAAGAAGCAAGAAGAGAAGAAGGAAUUGGAGGAGGACGCUCCCCGGCUCCCUAUUUCUCGCCUCCCAGUCAGCCCCGAGGCGCGGAGCUGAGCCGGAGCGCGGCAGCGCACUCGGAGCCCCAGCCGGAGCCCGAGCCGGGGCGGCUGCAGCAGCAACAGCCGAGGGGGCAGCGCCGUGGGGGCCGGUCCCACUGGAGCCAUGAGCAAGUGUAACGGGAGGUGCACGCUGGUCGGGUUCUGCUGCCUGCAGCUGGUAGCAGCCCUGGAGCGACAGGUCUUUGACUUCCUGGGUUACCAGUGGGCUCCCAUCCUGGCCAACUUCCUCCACAUCAUGGCGGUCAUCCUGGGCAUCUUCGGGACCGUGCAGUACCGAUCCAGAUAUCUCAUCAUGUACGCAGGCUGGCUUGUGCUCUGGGUUGGCUGGAACGCAUUCAUCAUCUGCUUCUACCUGGAAGUUGGGCACUUGUCUCAGGACCGAGACUUCAUCAUGACCUUUAACACAUCCUUGCAUCGCUCCUGGUGGAUGGAGAAUGGCCCUGGCUGCUUGGUGACACCCGUGUUGAACUCCCGCUUAGCCCUGGAGGACCACCAUGUCAUCACCGUCACUGGCUGCCUGCUCGACUACCCCUACAUUGAGGUGCUCAGCAGCGCCCUUCAGAUCUUCUUGGCACUCUUUGGCUUUGUGUACGCCUGCUACGUCAGCAAAGUGUUCCUGGAGGAAGAGGACAGCUUUGAUUUCAUUGGAGGAUUUGAUUCCUAUGGUUACCAGGCCCCUCAGAAGACAUCACACUUACAGCUGCAGCCUCUGUACACAUCGGGGUAGCCCCCGCCCCGGCCCUUCCCGGCGCUGGACACCGGACCCCGCCCUCUGGACUUGACUGUGCCGCCGCGGAGCCGCCUUCCUCUGGUCGCCCGGCCCUCCCGCGGCGCCUCCAGGCCAGCCGCGCUCUCCUCUGGGCCAGGGCCCAGCGCCCACGCUGCGGGGCGGCCACCCACGGAGCUGCGGACAGGAGCGCCCCCUGCCGGCCAGCGAGGACACAGCCCCGACUCGGACCUGUGGGCGGCGCGGGGCACCGGCCCCGGAGCCGGGGCAGGCUCGGGCUUAGCCCCGGGAACCUGGGGGGAGGGAAGGGAAGGGACUCGUGGGAUUUGUAUGGUUUGGUUUUUUUUAAACUUAGCUCUGGUACUGA